GCCUAUACUGUCACAACCUUCAAUUCUUUGCCACCAAAAAAAAAAAAGUAAAAAAGAUUUAAAAAUGGCAGCAGCAGUUUCAUCUUCUUCCUUACCAGCAGUGCCUGUAAUAUCACUAUCUAAUAGGAGACAACUGAUUAUAUGCAAGGCAGUAAAUGAGGCCUCUCUUUCUCCUCCAAUUCUCUCCAAGAGAAGCCUUUGCGUUAGUAUAAGUUCCGUAUGUGUGCUCGCCUUAACUGGUAAAGGCCAUUUUGAUGCCAAUGGAGCCAUACUGGAGGCGGACGAUGAUGAAGAACUCUUGGAGAAAGUGAAGAGAGACAGGAAAAAGAGAAUUGAAAGACAAGGUGUCAUCAAGUCAUCAACCAAAGAAACAGCAUACCUGCAAGAUCUUGUUUAUAAACUGAGCAAAGUGGGUCAAGCCAUUGAAAACAAAGAUCUAUCUGCUGCAAGUUCAGUUCUUGGUCCAAGUACUGAUACAGAAUGGGUUUCAAAAAUCAAUUCAGCAUUUAACAAGUUGAGCUCUAGCCCUGAAGAGAAAACCGAGGUCGACAACUUCAACUCCUCACUCUCGUCUUUAAUUUCAUCAGUUUCUGGAAAAGACAUUGAAGCGUCGAAAAAAGCUUUUGUGGCAUCAGCCAGUGCACUUGAGAAGUGGACAGUAUUGACAGGGUUGAAUGAACAGCUUAAAGGACUUUGAACCACAAAUUAAGAAGCAGAGCUUAUACAAUAUGGGCAUUUCCUCAACUUCCAAUAUUAGAGGAUUCUUUCUUCGACUAACUUUUCCGGGAUCAAAUGAUAAUUAUUCUUUGCCUUAUGGAGCUUUUGAAUGUUGCUCGCACUUGAGCUCAAAUUGUAACUGAAUUUCCUACCAGAUAAUCAAAAUUUUUUAUGGAUCUUUCAUGAUUAGAUAUGA